AUGGCUUGCCCUGGAGGUGCUGAGUACCACGAUUACCAACACUAUGUUGGAGGACAAAGCCAUAGCAAUUUUGCUUCAGUUUUCACCUGCUGUGAUUACAUUUAUGGAACUGACAUGGUAUCAGAAGAAGAUCCUUACGAAGAAAUGCCCUUUCGGUAUUGUUCUCACUGGUGGCAACUCUACAAAACAUCUGAUUUUCAAGUUGACAUCACCAUGCUAGGGUGGUAA